GGAUGCAGUGGCAGCAGCUGCAGUAGGGCGGAGUCAGUGAAGAGGUACAGGAAGAGGAGCCGGACAACCUGUAUCCGUGGCUCGCUAGUUUCAUAGUUUCAUUUUCUAACGAGUGCCGAAGCCAGUGACUCAGGAGGUCUUUUUUUCUGCUGAGCCAGCCAUGGACCUCGUGGACCCCAUCCUGAGCAUCGCGGAGAAGCUGUACGCCCUGUGCGGGGAGGUGAAGGCCAACAAGAAGCGCUGGCGGAGGCUGGCGGACCGCGUGCGGGCUCUGGAGGCGAUCGUGAGGUCGGUGAGGGUCAAGGGCCUGGGGGAAAAGCCCGAGGCGGUGCGGCGCGGCCUGGAGGAGCUGAAGUGCACCAUAGAGGCGGCGCAGGAAGUGGUGAAGAAGUACACCUCCAGUCGCUUCCUGAGUCGCAUCGCCCGGGCCUACGACCUGGGCGAGGAGUUCGAGAUGCUCAACGACAGGCUGAACGACACCUUCCAGCUGCUCUCCCUGGCCCUGCAGAUAGACCAGCGGGAGACGCUGGCCAGCGUGUUCGCCGAGGCCAGACGCAGGGAGGAGGACCGGGCGGACAAGGAGAGAGAUCACAAGGAGCUGGAGAUGUUGGCAGAGAAGGUGGAUGCUAUGCAAGAGGGGGUGGAUUCCGUUAAAAAUGACGUGCAGGACAUCAAAGUCAUGCUGAAGUCUCUGAAGACGCCCAGUCUGCAGCGUCUGGAUAUUAGAGAGAUCAAACUAGAGGAGCUGGAAUUUGAGGAGCCCAAGAAACCUAUCAUGAAGUCACCCACCCAUAAGCUGUACAAAGGACAGUACAACAAAUUUGCUGUGGCCAUCAAACGAUAUACCUACACCGCAAACACUACACCAAGUGAGGUGAGGAGCAUAUUCAAGAAGGAGGUGGAGACCAUGAAACGCUUUGAGUCACCAAACAUCCUCCGCAUGUUUGGGAUUUGUGUCCAGGACGAGGAUGGUCCCUGCCCAAACUAUCUCAUCGUCAUGGAGUUCUGUGAGAAGGGAAGUCUGCGGGAGGUGCUAUCCGGAAAGGACAAACUUUCCUGGGGAAGACGGGCUCGUAUGAGCCUAGAUGCUGCUCAAGGCCUUUACAGGCUGCACCAGUCGGAGGAGAAGUUUAAAGUACACGGUUGCAUCAGCAGUGGCAAGUUCCUGGUGGAUGAUGGGUACAGGGUUAAGCUUGGGUGCUUUGAGCUGGCGAAGACGGAGACCUCCCUGAGGAGAGAUAAAAAAGGGAACAGCACGUCCGUACACUACUGCUCCCCACAACAGCUUCAGACCGUCCACCACUCCUACAAUAAGGCCUGCGAGAUAUACAGCAUUGGCAUCGUCUUGUGGGAAAUUGCUACUCGACAGAUUCCCUUCAAAGACAUGUCAGAAAAAGAGGUCUCUCAGAAGGUCUGUGCAGAGAAGUUCAAAGAGCCCCUUCCUGAGGACUGUCCCAAAUGCUUUGUGAAAUUGAUUGAUGCCUGCCGCUCUUAUGAUGCUUUCCAAAGGCCAUCUGCAGGAGUGCUGGUGGACAAGCUGAGGAAGGUGGUACAAGAAAUGGAGGAUGACUGAUGGGGUGAUCGAUGUUACAAUGGAAGGACAGAUAGAUGUCCCUGGAAGGAACAAAGCACGGAGGCGGGCCUGGAAUAUUCUGAAGCAGGAACUCACUACCCAAAGACAAAAGCAUUCAGAGGACUGACUUGUUGGAGCUCACCAGUUGCUAUUCAAGUUGUGUUUCAAGCAGUUUUGUACCUCUCAAUUUCUGAUAUGAAUAUAAAUUUCAUAUGAUUUUUAUUGUGUAUUCUUCUUUUUUUUAAAAUUUUUUUUUAUUUUUAAAGCCCAACUCCCAAAACCGGAUGUUUCUAUUCCCAUCUGCUUAUUUCGGUAUAGCUUUAGGUGCAACAGAGAGAAAAGACCAUUCACAUAGUGAAUACACUUACAUAUCAUGGAAUGGUCCAAAAAAAAAAAAAAAAGAAAGAAAAUGGUUGAGAUGUAGACAUCACGUAUUCUUUUUAGAACAGCUCUUCAUAAAGAGUAAAUGUACUAAAGAAUGAGAAGGACAAACCAAUGCCAAGUGCAAAUGAAUUAUUUUGUGUAAGUAUUAAACAACUUUAUUUUAAAAGAC